AUGGAGAUCCUUCAAAAGAAGCCCAAGAAUAUCGCCAUCCAUACAAGUCCCGUCCACGAUCUCCGGGUGGUCGACUGUGAGAUCCCCCGGCUUGCUCCCGACGGGUGCCUGAUCCAUGUCCGUGCAACUGGUAUCUGCGGCUCAGACGUGCAUUUCUGGAAACAUGGCCGUAUUGGCCCUAUGGUCGUGACGGGGGAUAAUGGCCUGGGGCACGAGAGUGCCGGAGUCGUCCUGCAGGUGGGCGACGCGGUCACCCGAUUUAAGCCUGGCAAGUACCACGCCUGCCCAGACGUCGUCUUCUUUUCGACGCCUCCCCACCACGGCACUCUGCGACGGUACCACGCCCACCCAGAGGCCUGGCUGCAUCGUCUCCCCGACCACGUCUCCUUUGAAGAGGGCGCCCUUCUCGAGCCGCUAACGGUUGCCCUGGCUGGCAUUGACCGGUCCGGGCUGCGUCUGGCCGACCCGCUGGUCAUCUGUGGUGCCGGGCCAAUCGGCCUCGUCACCCUCCUGGCGGCCAAUGCAGCCGGGGCAGCACCAAUUGUCAUCACCGAUAUCGACAGCAACCGUCUCGCCAAGGCCAAAGAGCUCGUGCCGCGCGUGCAGCCGGUGCUGGUCCAGAAACAGGAGUCUCCACAAGAGCUGGCUGGGCGUAUCGUCCAGCGGCUCGGACAGGAGGCGCGACUGGUUCUUGAAUGCACUGGGGUGGAGAGCAGUGUUCAUGCAGGGAUCUAUGCAACCCGGUUCGGAGGCACGGUGUUCGUCAUCCGCGUCGGCAAGGACUUCCAGAAUAUCCCCUUCAUGCACAUGUCGGCCAAGGAGAUCGACCUGCGGUUCCAGUACCGCUAUCAUGACAUCUACCCCAAGGCAAUCAGCCUGGUCAACGCGGGGCUCGUCGACCUGAAGCCGUUAGUGUCUCACCGAUACAAGCUGGAGGACGGCCUUGAAGCGUUUGCUACCGCAAGCAAUACAGCUGCCAAGGCCAUCAAGUUAGGCACUAGCUCUAGGGAGCCAUAUUCCGGCAUCUGCCCCAAGGAUGAGGUCGUGCCUACCGUUUUGACCAAGCCUGGGACUCGUUUCCUUAGAGACUGCACAACGCACAUUGCGCUUCACGGUUCGUCCCCAUCUUCAAACGUCUAUGGCAAACCCGGAAUUGAAUGUUUACGGAGAAGUGCCGAGCAUACAAGAGAACAGCAGUGGACCUUGCAAUUCGACGGCUGUUCCUCUUUGGCUUCAAGUGGAUCAGGGGAACGACUAGGACAGGCCAGACCAGAGCCAGUAUAG